AGUGUUUCACACUCCCUCUCCUUCCUCUCACAUACAGGCCUUUGAGUUUUACUUGGCAGAAAAGUUUUCAACUAGUUCAGAUAGUAGUUAGUGAGGCGCAGGCUAGUCUUGUUCUGGAAGAAACUGACAAGGGUUUUUACAUUGUACCUAGAUAUGUUAAUCAGAGGGCAAACAUGAGGACCACCCUGAUUUUUUCAGCAGUUUUUGUGACAGCAGGACAAACAAGAUUUCAGUGACCCAGAGACUUGAUGUUCAUCACCUUGAAAGGCCCAGGACUCUCUUUUUCAACAUUUGGAGUGAUCACCUCUUGUUACUCUGCUGUGCAACACUGAUUUCUUGGCUGAAUUGGUUUGUGUACAGCUUUCCUCCUGGAUUACUUUUGGAGAUUAGUGAUGGGGAAUGCGGCCGGAGGGGGUUUGGAGCUUGAGUCGGCCGACGGCAGAGAGAACAGGAACUCACUUGGUGUGGUUUCAGCGAUGAGUGACCCCACAAUGCAUCUGCAGAAGAAGCAAUCUUCUACCCCCAAACUUCCAAUGCCUCCAGAAGAGGAGCUGGAGGAGCGCUUCAAUGUGGUGCUGAGCUACAUGAAUUUGCCGCCAGAUAAACUGAAGCUGCUCAGUCAAUAUGACAACGACAAGAAAUGGGAAUUAGUUUGUGAUCAGGAGCGUUUCCAAGUGAAGAGCCCCCCGUCUACCUAUUUGUCCAAGAUCAAGAGCUUCUACCAAGAUCAAGGAGGGGUGUCUCGCAGGUCAAAGAAAAAAAUUCUAGAUGCAACCCAGGUCCUUAAAGCCUUGGAGAUAUCCCUUCGUACUAAUCACAUUGGAUGGGCUCAGGAAUUUCUCAAUGACCAGAACAAAGGUUUGGAUGUUCUGGUGGACUAUCUCACCCAUGCACAAAGUGACACCUCAUUUGAUUUGGAGACUAUAGAAAAUGGUGGAACCCUGUCAGACAGACACAAACCGGCAGAGCGGUCAAUGGAAGAUUUGACCAAGAGCUCCAGCAGCAGUCACUCGCAUGGGAUGGGCAGAGCUGCCCGAGCCCUAACUGUACGAAUAAGCUCCACUCUGGCAAACAAGAUGCAUAAGAAGUCCCAUUCAUCCCAGCAAAGAGAUGAUAUACAUGUGUGCAUUAUGUGCUUAAGAGCCAUCAUGAACUACCAGUCUGGUUUUAACCUGGUGAUGACUCACCCGCGCUGUGUGAACGAGAUCACCCUCAGCCUCAACAGCAGGAAUCCCAGGACCAAAGCUCUGGUCUUGGAGUUGCUGGCCGCCGUUUGUCUCGUCAGAGGAGGGCAUGACAUCAUUCUUUCCGCUUUUGACCACUUUAAGGAGGUGAGCAAAGAGAAGAACCGUUUUGAGAAGCUAAUGGAGUACUUCAUCAAUGAUGAUAACAAUAUUGACUUCAUGGUGGCCUGCAUGCAGUUUAUUAACAUCGUGGUCCAUUCUGUGGAGAACAUGAACUUCAGAGUCCAUCUACAGUAUGAAUUCACUCACCUUGGAUUAGACAAGUAUCUGGAGAGUCUAAAACACACAGAAAGCGAGAAGCUGCAAGUCCAGAUCCAGGCCUAUUUGGACAACGUGUUGGAUGUUGGAGCUCUGCUGGAGGAUGCUGAGAACAGGGGAGGAGUGCUGGAGCAUGUGGAUGAACUGCAGAGUCACAAUAUACAUCUAAACUCCAGACUUAAUGAGCUUGAGGCUCAGACCACAGAGAGGAUAUCUGAGCUGGAGACUCAGCUCAUUCAGGCAACCAAGGAAACGGAGCUGCUCAAAGAAAGCCUACGGGAGUCUUGUACCCAGGUUAGUUCUUUGCAGCAGAGAGAACGCGAGCGGGAGCUGGACAGGGAGAGGGAGAGGGACCGGGAACGUCUCUGCCUCUCUGCCAGUCAGUCGACUUCUGAGCUGGAGCAGAAGAUCCAGGAGCUGCAGGACAAAGGGGUAAUCCGACUGGGACGUACUGCCUCGGGAGGUCUGGACAUCCAGGUUGUACCUGUGAAAGUUGUUGAGUAUGUCCAAAGCCCAACCUCAUCCGCCCAACCGAGUAUCCCAGCCUCAACAUCCACCCUCCCCGCUGAGCCUCCCCCAUCUACUCCUGGUGGUGCUCCUCCUCCACCACCUCCUCCUCCUCCUCUGCCAUCAGGUGAAGGUUCUGUUCCUCCACCUCCGCCUCCACCUCCUCCACCGCCCGGAGCAGGUCCAACACCUUCUCCAGCUGGUUGUGGACCCCCACCUCCUCCUCCUCCGCCUGGUGGGGGACCUCCGCCUCCUCCUCCUCCGCCUGGUGGGGGACCUCCGCCUCCUCCUCCUCCACCUGGUGGGGGACCCCCACCACCUCCUGGAGCACCAGGUGCCCAAUCUGGUUUCAAGAGUAAGAAACCCAUUCAGACCAAGUACAGGAUGCCUUUGCUGAACUGGCAGGCUUUAAAACCAAACCAAGUCUCAGGAACAGUAUUCAAUGAGCUAGAUGAUGAGCAGAUCUUAGGGGAGCUCAACAUGGAGAUGUUUGAGGAACAGUUCAAAACAAGGGCCCAGGGGAAUCCAGCAGAUCUAUCCAAGGUUAAGAAGAAGGUUGCCCAAAAGGCUCCCACCAAGACAUCCCUCAUUGAUGCAAACAAGGCCAAGAAUCUAGCCAUUACUCUUCGCAAGGGAGGAAUGAGUCCAUCUGCUAUCUGCACUGCCAUAGAGACGUACGACCAGAAGUCUCUAUCCAUAGACUUCCUGGAAUUGCUUGAACACUUCAUACCAUCUGACUUUGAGAUGAAACUCCUUGUAAACUAUGAGAAAGAAGGUCGGCCUCUGGACGAGCUGACAAAUGAAGAUCAAUUCAUUUUACGUUUCGGGAAGAUCGCUCGUCUAAAUCAGCGAAUAAACACGCUUACCUUCAUGGGAAACUUCCCAGAAAGUUUCAAACGCCUGCAGCCGCAACUGAACUCCAUCAUUGCCGCUUCUAUGUCCAUCAAGUCUUCAGCUAAACUGAAAAAGAUUUUAGAAAUUGUUCUUGCCUUUGGUAACUACAUGAACAGCAGUAAGAGAGGUGCAGCCUAUGGUUUCAGGCUGCAGAGUCUUGACCUUUUGUUGGAGACUAAAUCCACUGAUCGGUCUCAGACACUACUGCACUUCAUCACAAAUAUCAUUCUUGAAAAAUACCCCGACCUGGUCAACUUCCACACUGAUCUACACUUUAUAGACAAAGCAGCUCUUGUAUCCCUGGACAGUAUUCUUCAGGACAUCCGUUCAUUGGAGCGAGGUAUGGAGAUGACCAAGAAAGAGUUCCUGGUGCAGGAUGAUAGCCCAGUGUUAAAGGAAUUCAUCAAAACAAACAGUGAGCACCUGGAGACAUUGAUCAAAGACAGCAAGACAGCACAGGAGGCGUAUGCUUCUGUCGUGGAGUAUUUUGGAGAGAAUCCCAAAACCACACAGCCUUCCAUGUUUUUCCCACUGUUUGGUCGCUUCGUAAAGGCGUAUAAGAUAGCACAGCAAGAAAUUGAACUGAAAAAGAAAAUGGAAAAGGAGAGUUCUGAGGAAAAGGAAACACCAACAACUCCAAACAAGGGAGGAUCACAAAAGGGUCAAAUGAUGCCAAAGAUGGAUUUUCUAGCAGAGCUAAAGAAGAGGCAGGUGAAACCUCCGGUGCGCGAGGGAAAAGAUGGCGCUCUGGAGGAUAUUAUUACAGAUCUGAGAAGCACACCAUACAGACGCACAGACGGUCGUCGUCCGGCUCAGCGCCAAGAAACCUGAGGAAAUUAUGCUUUAUUUUUUGUUUUUGAUAAAUAUACAUUAUGUAAACUCAAAUAUAAAAGCAACUUUAACAAGCCUUUAGUGUGUAUUGUAUAUACAGUAUAACAUGAACCAGCAUCAGUCAUUUUGUAUUAACUGUAUUCUUAGUGUUAAUUAGCUAUGUAAAUACAGGAGAAGAACAUUUUUAACUUUAACUUCAUCCACUCUGAUAAUUACAUUUUUUUUUAACAUUUACUUUUAUCUCAGUGGACCUGUAUGCUUAAAAUUUGUGACACUGCUCAAAACAUUAUCUUAUUUUUUAUGUAAACCUUUUUGUAAACAUUUGUUUUUUUUUGUAUUUGUUAUCUUUAUGACACAAGAUGCUGGAAUUGUGUUUGAGAUAAAGUCAUAAAAAGAGAAGGAAUAAAGCAAAAUCAGACUGUACAAGAGGGCUGCACUUUAUUAGACACACAAUCACAGCAAAUUAUGUACAAAAGAAGGCAGGAUCAGACCUGCUGUCUUCUCACAGAAAAAAACAACACACAUUUCUCACAGAAUAUCAUGGCAUCCACACUGAUAAAUUACCUCCAGUAUCAGUAGGCAUUUCAAUUUUAUUGAUCUCAUAUAAUUGAUCUGUAGUUAUUUUUAUUCUUAUGUCACACUACUCUACAAAUGGGAAAUUCAUACUUUGCUGAUUUCUCACGUUGGGGUGCGUUCAAGCCUUCUGAUCCCUGGACGUUCAACACUCCUAGCCACUAUGGUCAUCACCACAUAACUCCACAGUAAGACUGAACAUGUCUGUGUCACAGAAAUAACGUAUUGUUCAUGUUUGUAAACCACUCCUCCGACUCUUUCUUACAACUUUGAAAAAACAUGUACGUAACUUUUUUUUUUCUAAACUGCACCGUGCGUUUGCUUGAGACUAUACAUGCAUUGUUUUUGUAUAUACCUUUGUAUCCAUCAUCAUAGUUUAUUAAUAAAACAUGUUCUUUUGGACAUAAUU